UAUUACAGGGACACAGACGCCACGGUUACUCUCCCUCUUCGUUUCCACACCUUCGACCUCUAAAGAGAGAAACUAGAGAGAGAGAGAGAGCGCUUCAUCAGCUGGUUCCAUCGCAUUGAUCGAGAGACCCCUCCCGGUUUCUCUUCGUCUUCUUCUCGCUUCACCUCCAUCUUCUUCUCCUCCUUCUCCUUCCGCCGUCAGCCGCCUCCGCCGCCGUCGCCGCCGUCUUCGCCGUCCGCGGAAAGUAGAGGGAGCGGCGGGCUAGAGAGAGAAUUUUCCGGAAAGGGGGUCGAUCGAAUUCGCUCGGCGAGCGAUUGCGCUUUGAUUGGGCGGAUCUGCGGGUCGCCCCAACGUGCUCUGUCGCCGUUCCCCGGUCUUUUAGAUCUCCGUCGCUGUCGUCCGGCGCGGUUCAGCCGCAAACCUAAACUCGGCUCUGAUUCAAUACAGAAGGACAGAAAGCGACUAUUAGUGCAGAGUCCAUGGAUUCUCCGACGCAAAAUACGUCAUUGCAGCGGCUUCAAAAUGUUGAAAAGAGAAUCAUCAAGGUUUUGGAGCUAGCUGGGGGAGUGAUGGAUGAAUUAGCCAAUCCUGCUGGUCCCCGUAAGGAAUCCAUAAACCAGCAUUGCCGCGAGUUCAUGCAGUCGAUCAAGGAUAUCCAGGUGACUCUGAGAGACGAAAUCAAAAGCGCGUGUGAAUACCGUCCGUUUGAGAAGUGCGACUACAACUCUCGAAUAGGGAAUGAGAUUUGUCUGGAGAAGCUGAAAUACGUCCUAUCCCAGCUGGAUGGAAUGAAAGAAACGACUGAUGCAUAUAAUGGUGAAGCCUGAGCCAUUCGGGAUGGUAUGGGAUAUCGCGUGGCGGUAGACUGAAGUUUAGGUAUUCGUUGGCAGAUUUGAGAUGGGGAGUUAUCGAACGACAUCAGUUUUAUCAGAUCAGAAGCUCUUAAAUUUUUAGAUAGUAUGUGUAUUUAGUCAAUAGUGAAGCUUGAAUUUGGCCAUUUCUGUUGAUUUACGUGACUUCAUCUUCCUUACUUGUAUACAGUCGAGUGAUGCGUUGGAGGCAAUCUUAAGGAACAUCGAGGUGGGGCUUUCGUGUGAUUUGAUCGUUCAAUUAAAGUAUCAGACGUGAAGAUGAAGUUUUCCAAACCGCAUAAUGACGAUUUCAUUUUUUAGCUA